GCGUGUGUGUGCCCGUGCGUACGUGCGUGCGCGUGUGCCCGGGCCGGGCCGGGCCGGGCCGGGCUGGGGGUGCGUGUGCUGGUGCUCGCGUGUUACCCCCCCCCACGCCGUGCGUGUGCCCCGCCGGGCCCGGCUGUGUGUGCACGCCUGCCCGCCCCGCACACGCACACGCCGGCCACCUUUGCACGUGGGGGAAGGGCCGGCUCACACCUCGCAGCCCUUUGCACGCCCCGCGCCCGUGCUCUCGCACCUGUGUGCGUGCCCAGAGCAGCGUGCACUCGCGCACACGCUCACAUCCACCUGCGAGUGUGUGGGCCCGGCCUGCAUUUGCACACACCAGUGCCCCCAUGCUCACACCCUUGCAAGCGUAUACCCAGACCAGCACGCGUUUGCACGCAUGCUCUCACCCACCACGUGGGAGCCCGUGUGCCCAGUCCACAUUUGCACACACCAGCGGCCCUGUGCUCACACCUAUGCACAUGUACGCUCAGACCCGUGUGCAUUUGCACACGUGCUCACAGUCUCAGACAAGUGCGUGAGCCCAGCCUGCGUUUGCACGCACCGGCGCCCGCGUCCUCACGCCCGUGCGGGGUCUCGUCCACCCCGGGCGUGCUCACGGCGCCGCGCGCCCCUCCCGCAGGACGAUGGCGCUGGGCGGCUACUGCGAGGACGACGCGUCGCUGGCGCAGGCCUGGGCCCAAGGCGGCUUCGCGCCCUGCUUCUACUUCACGCUGGUGCCGGCGGCACCGCUGGGCCUGUGCCUGCCCCUGGGCGCCCUGCAGGCCGCGCGCCACGCUCGCCCGCCCGGCCCGCGCCACGCGCCGCGCUCCCGCCUCUACCGCGCGCAGCUGCUGCUGUCCCUGCUGCUGGCGGCGCUGCCCCUGGGCGCGCUGCUCUGGGACGUGGCGGGCGCCGCGCGGGUCUACGGCUACGCCGUGCUGCACGCCGCGCUCUCCGCCGCCGGCUGGGCCGCGGCCGCCGCGCUGCUGCUGCUGGAGCGCGCCCGGGCGCCGGCGGGGGGGCACGGCGCCGCGCUGCUGCUCUUCUGGGCCCUCGCCUUCGCCGCGGAGAACCUGGCGCUCGUGUCCUGGCGCAGCCCGCGCUGGUGGUGGGGGCUGCGCGACGAGCGCCAGAAGGUGCAGCUGGGCCUGUGGGCGCUGCGCUACGUGGCCUCCUUCGCCCUCUUCGUGCUGGGCCUGAAGGCGCCGGGGCUGCCGCCGAAGCCGCGCCAGCUGCUGAUCAACCAGGACGAGGCGGAUGCGGAGCCCACCCAGCCGCUGCUGGGGCCCGGGGCCCGGGGCCGGGGCCGCUCCACGUGGCAGGGGCUGCGGCACAAGCUGGGGCUGCUGCUGCCCCUGGUGUGGCCGCGCGGCAGCCGGCGCCUGCAGGGCCUGGCGCUGCUCUGCCUGCUGCUGCUGGGGCUGGAGCGCGUCGUCAACCUCUUCGUGCCGCUCUGCUACCGCAACUGAACGAGCUGACCGCGGCGGCCCCGUGGCACGUGCUGGCCUGGACCGUCUGCACCUACGUGGCCCUCAAGUUCCUGCAGGGCGGUGGCGCCGGCUCCACGGGCUUCGUGAGCAACCUGCGGUCGUUCCUGUGGGUGCGGGUGCAGCAGUUCACCACGCGCCGCGUGCAGCUGCGGCUCUUCGCCCACCUGCACGGGCUGGCGCUGCGCUGGCACCUGGGGCGCCGCACCGGCGAGGUCCUGCGCAGCGUCGACCGCGGCACCGCCAGCGCCAACAGCCUGCUCAGCUACGUGGUGUUCAGCAUCGCGCCCACCGUGGCCGACAUCGUCAUCGGCAUCGUCUACUUCACCUCGGCCUUCAACGCCUGGUUCGGCCUCAUCGUCUUCCUCUGCAUGAGCCUCUACCUCACGCUGACCAUCCUGCUGACCGAGUGGAGGACGCGUUUCCGGCGGGACAUGAACACGCGGGACAACGAGGCCAAGUCCCGCGCCGUGGACUCGCUGCUCAACUUCGAGACGGUGAAGUACUACAACGCCGAGAGCUACGAGGUCGACCGGUUCAACGCCGCCAUCCUAAAGUACCAGAGCUCGGAGUGGAAGGUGAACGCGUCGCUGGCCCUGCUCAACCAGACCCAGAACCUGGUCAUCGGCCUGGGGCUGCUGGCCGGGUCCCUGCUCUGCGCCUACUUCGUCACCGAGGGCAAGCUCCAGGUGGGUGACUUCGUGCUGUUCGGCACCUACAUCAUCCAGCUCUACACGCCGCUCAACUGGUUCGGCACCUACUACAGGAUGAUCCAGAGCUCCUUCAUCGACAUGGAGAACAUGUUCGACCUCCUCAACGAGGAGCAGGAGGUGAAGGACGCGGUGAACGCCGGGGACCUGCGCUUCCAGGCCGGCCGCGUCGAGUUUGAGAACGUGCACUUCAGCUAUGUGGACGGGAAGGAAAUCCUGCAGGACGUGUCCUUCUCGGUGAUGCCUGGACAGACCCUGGCGCUGGUGGGCCCGUCGGGCUCGGGGAAGACGACCGUCCUGCGCUUGCUCUUCCGCUUCUACGACGUGGGCAGCGGCUGCGUCCGCAUCGACGGCCAGGACAUCGCCAAGGUGCGCCAGGCCUCGCUGCGCGCCCACGUGGGCGUGGUGCCGCAGGACACGGUGCUCUUCAACGACUCCAUCGCCAACAACAUCCGCUACGGCCGCGUCGGCGCCACCGACCAGGACGUGCAGGCAGCCGCCCGCGCCGCCGACAUCCACGACCGCAUCCUCUCCUUCCCCGACGGCUACGACACGCAGGUGGGCGAGCGCGGCCUGAAGCUGAGCGGAGGCGAGAAGCAGCGCGUGGCCAUUGCCCGCACCCUCCUCAAGGACCCCGGCAUCAUCCUGCUGGAUGAGGCGACGUCGGCGCUGGACACGGAGACGGAGCGCAACAUCCAGGCGUCGCUGGCCCAGGUCUGCGCCAACCGCACCACCAUCGUGGUGGCCCACAGACUCUCCACUGUGGUGGGCGCGGACCAGAUCCUGGUGCUCAAGGACGGGCGCGUCGUGGAGCGAGGCAGGCAUGAGGACCUGGUGCGCCGCGGCGGCAUGUACGCCGGGAUGUGGCUGCAGCAGCAGGCUGGUGCCGACACCGACGCUGAGAGCAAGGACUGCGGCACCGAGAAGGACCCAGCGCCGCCCUGACAGCGCGGCGCCCGCGGGGGCUGCUUGCACGUCGCACAGGGGCCGGCGCGUCCCCGCGGCCGCCUGGGAAGUGUCCUGGGCUGGGCUGGGCUGGGGAGGGGUGCGGUGCCGCUCAGGGCUCCUGCCAGCCCGUGGUAGGGGCAGCGCCCGGCCCAGGCACGGCGGGGGGCUGCGCAGUCUGUACCUGCCACGUCUGAUUGAACCUGUCGUCUCCGA